UCCUUUUCCUCCUCCAUAUUCAUUUUUACCGUUUCUCUCUCCCGACUUUUCAUCUUCUCCCUCUUCUUCGUUAUUCGAGCGAGUGUGCGUCUGCGUUUUCCCGGUAAUCUCUCUCUGCAAUGUCGAUCGAGAAGGAGAGAGAGACUCAUGUUUACAUGGUCAAGCUCUCCGAGCAGGCCGAACGUUACGAAGAGAUGGUUGAGAGCAUGAAAAGUGUUGCCAAACUUGAUUGUGAGCUGACUGUGGAGGAGAGGAACCUUCUCUCUGUUGGCUACAAAAAUGUGAUUGGCUCCAGGAGAGCUUCUUGGCGCAUUAUGUCUUCAAUUGAGCAGAAGGAAGAGUCCAAGGGAAAUGAGCACAACGUUAAACUGAUAAAGGGUUACCGUCAGAAGGUUGAGGAGGAACUCUCCAAGAUUUGUGGUGACAUCCUGACUAUCAUAGACAAACACCUAAUCCCUUCUUCUACCUCAGGAGAAGCUACAGUGUUCUACUACAAAAUGAAAGGUGAUUAUUAUCGUUAUCUUGCUGAAUUCAAGGCUGACCUGGAAAGGAAGGAAGCUUCUGAGCAGUCUUUGAAGGGUUACGAGGCUGCUUCCAGCACUGCAAACACCGAACUCCCUUCAACCCACCCAAUUCGUCUUGGCCUUGCCCUCAACUUCUCAGUCUUCUACUAUGAGAUCAUGAAUUCUCCUGAGAGGGCAUGCCAUUUGGCUAAACAAGCUUUUGAUGAGGCAAUUGCUGAGUUGGACACUUUAAGUGAGGAAUCAUACAAAGACAGCACCCUGAUUAUGCAGUUAUUGAGAGACAACCUCACUCUAUGGACUUCUGAUUUGCCUGAAGAUGGAGGUGAAGAAAAUCUGAAAGGUGAAGAAUCCAAACCUGCUGAAGGCGAGCACUGAAGAUUUUCUUGAGAACCUUGCACAUGGCAAUUGGAUGUUAGACUACUUUGCAAGGUAGCUGUUUUAUUAUUGUUUUUCACAAAAGAGAUCCGCGUAAACAGCAUGGACAGUUUUCAACUUGGAUGGAUCAUUUUGAGUCCUUCAAACGCCAGAUAAUGGUUUUUUUUUCCUAGAGAAGAGAACUAAUUUUACUUCUCUUUCCUUUCUUGCUUUUUUUUCCUUGUACUUCAAAGCUUGGUUAUGUGAACUUGUCAUAAGGUAAUGGAUCUUUUCUAGAGUUAUCUCUA